GCUGUCAGCUUGCGUAAACAAUUUUUAGCAAUCGUAAACAUUUUGUGCGACGAAAAAUGUCAAAACAAUUUGUCGGGUUUUCUGACGAUGAUAUUUAUAAAAUUACUCGUCAGACCAAUGGAAAAGAUGCCGGUAAAAACCUAUCACGGCCGCAUCAAAAACCAGUUCGGUUAGGCGAGAAAACGGUAGUCACCAAAAAGUCCACUUCGAACGACCACAUACAAAUGAACGCUGCCGACAGCAGUACUGCCACUAGUUGCGUCGAUUCCAGCAUUUAUCCCAAUCAUCCUAUUCAACAGGCGGUUGCUUUCAAACCUCUGCCUGUAAUGAUGAAUGCACCAGAAGACGAAUCUAUUCUUGUGUUACCUAAACAGAAAGCAGGUUCGGCAGCCUCCGUCGAUGUCACAGGAACCAUUCCAACUGUGCUUGGUGGUCUUACAACGUCGACCCCAGGUGCGAAACCAGUGGUUCCGGAUGCGAUAACUCCUUUUAAGGGAAUGUCGCUAAAAGAUUUUGAGCAUCAGAGAAGGCUUAUUCAGGAACAAAAUCAACAGAAGCGGCAAAUGCUUCAAAAGGCAAUCGAUCAAUAUACACAAAAGACAGCCGCUGAAGCAUCAAAACUGGAAGAGAUAAAAGCUGAGCUUGGGAAGCUAGAUUCGGAGCUGGCUUCCGAUGUUGCAAUCUUAAGAAAACAAAUUGAUGCUGCCAGUUUACAUUUUGCUAAUGUGGAAAAAAAUUACCUUAACAUUGAGAACCUAUUUCUAAAGGCAAAAGUGGAGCUUCACCAAGCACUUGAACGUAAAGAAAUGCUUACGGAGCAUCUUUGUACUAUAAUUUCGCACAACGAGGAACGUAAAGCCAAACGGUUAUCCGACUUAAUGGAAAAGGUGGGACUUUCGGCAAAUGGAGAUAUCGAUGACACCAUCAACUCAGAUGGGUCUUCUUCGUUGGUUUCCUCAACGGUCGAUGUGCCGUCCAAGCAAUGACACCGAGUGUUCAUAUGACAGUGGCUCAACCGAAAGCAAUCACGUACUAAUCUGAUAUUGAUACAACAUGAAUAACCAAAAACAAACUUAUACAGUUUUAUGCUGGGUCUUGCAAUGUUCAUUUUUCAUAUUCUCGCUUUGUUAUACAAUUUAAUGUUGAAUGUGAUUAUUAGUAACGAAUAUUUACAAUCUACAAAUUACCACUUAUAAUUACUCUACUGAUACAUAACUUCUCGAUACGGUAAGAUAUUAUGAAAAAAAGCCUUCGCUGCAAACAAAUUAUUUUUAAACAUGAAAACAGCCUUAAAAUGGUGCUGAGUUGAAUAUAUCGAAAAGUUAACAUUAGUGAUUACUUCCGUGUUUGACAUCUGCGAUGCAGAAGGACAAUAAUAGCGUUUUAACCAGGUCACAAAGUAUUGUAAUUGCAUUUUAUACAGUUUUAGAGAAAAUUUUACAAUUAAUAGUUGCACGAAUUUUCAAAUAAAUUACAUU